AUGGCGGCGUCAGGGGGUGGGAGCGAGGAGGCGCAGUCGAGCGCGAAGUGCCCCAUGGCCGGACAGGGCAGCUCCUCUGGUGCUGUGUUCAACGUGUACAGUCAGCGCAUCGACCAAGGCUCGUCCCAGGACCCGCUCGCCCGCGUGUUCGGCGACAUGAACCGCCUGGACCCGAACAACAUGAUGCCAGUCGAGCCCAACCAGAGCAUAGCGCCAGGCCAGCGCGUCCCGCUCCCCACGGCCCGCGAGCAGUCGACGAUCCCCAAGGGCGGCACGGAGGGCACGUGGACGUACCCGUCGUCGCAGAUGUUCUUCAACGCGCUGAAGCGCAAGGGCAAGGGCGACGACGUGGUGGAGACGGACGUCGACGUCAUGGUCGCGGCGCACAACACGCUGAACGAGGCCACGUGGCGCAAGGUCCUGCAGUGGGAGUCGCUGCACGCCGACCACUGCCAGGGCCCCAAGCUGCUGCGCUUCCUCGGGCGGCCGGACAAGCUGUCGCCCAAGGCGUGGUUCAAGAGCACGGUCCUGCGGCAGGAGGCGCCGUUCGACCGGCACGACUGGAUCGUCGACCGGUGCGGGGAGCACGUGCGCUACGUCAUCGACUUCUACUACGACGAGAACCGCCCCGCGCACGACGCGUUCGUGAUCGACGCGAGGCCGGCCCUGGACUCGAUGGGUGCCGCGGCGGACCGGGCGAAGAUGGCGGUGCACAUUGGAUGCAUGAUCAUGGGCGUGAAGUGCCCCAUCACCGGCGUGGACCCCAAGGCCAAGCGCAGCCAGGACAACAGCGCUGCGGCGGCGCAGUGA